CGACCCACUGGAGUGGGAUGGGAGGAAAGCAUUUCUCUCUUUUUUGGACAUUGAAGAUUGAGACUCAUUUGGAGCUGCUCUCUCUCUCUCUCUCUCUCUCUCUCUCACUCUCUUGUUCUCUUUCUGUCUCUCUCCCCCUCCCUCUCUCUUUCUCUGUGGCUAUUUAGGGGUCAAUGUUUGUGUCUGUUCACUUACGUAGCACAGGGGCCAGGGAAAGUUUAGAGGAAACAGGGACCUGCGGGGAGAAAAACAGGACUUUAUCAAGAAUAAUAAGAACCAAAGCACAGUCAAAAUACAUCUAAAUUAAGAAGAAGAGAACACAAGGGCUUCCUCUCCUUUUUCUGCUUGGAACCAUGUGCAUCCAUAUCUCAAGUGAGUGAGUGAAGUGGGGGGGAGGGGGCACUUUUAUCACAACACCUCGGCACAGGUGCUACUACCUGGGCGUUAAGGGGUGGGGAGCACCAUGAGGAAAAUCCUGUUGGGUUGGGGGCUGAUGCUGGUGGCUGGGGUAAUGGGGGCUAGCGUAGUGGGUGCUAGUGGAGGAGGAGGAGGUGGUAGAGGGCAGAGGCGCAGAGGAGAAAAGCGCAGGGGGCUCCAUCGUGUCCAGCACGGCCACUGCAGCUACACCUUCAUCCUACCAGAGAUGGAGCGCUGUCAGGCCAGCCCGGACCAAUACGGCAGCACCAACAUGGUUCAAAGGGACACACCACCCCAUGCAGAGAGUGAAUGGUCUGCACAGAAAUUGCAGCACCUGGAGACGGCCAUGGAGAACAACACGCAGUGGCUGCAGAAGCUAGAAAAGUAUAUCCAGGAAAAUAUCAAGAUGGAGAUGGUGCAUAUUCAAGACCAUGCAGUACACAACCAGACUGCUACCAUGCUGGAAAUCGGAACUAACCUGUUGACUCAGACUGCAGAACAGACCCACAAGUUAAACGUUGUCGAGGCUAAGGUUAUGAACCAGACAUCAAGAAUUGAGAUCAAGUUGUUGGCGAACUCAUUAUCUACAAACAAACUGGAAAAGGAAUUAUUGGUACAGACUUCUAAAAUCACUAAACUGCAAGACAAGAACAGUCACUUGGAGAACAAGGUGCAGGUGUUGGAGUCACAGCAGCGGGGCGAGCUGGAGGACAUGAGGGAGGAGAAGAAUAAGCUACAAGGAUUGGUGAGAACCCAGAUGACAGCCAUCGAGGCUCUAGAGAGACAGCUGAGGGUGGCCAGCACCAACAACUCAGCCCUGCAAAGGCAGCAUCAGCAGCUCAUGGAGUCGGUCCACACGCUCAUCAACAUGGUGUCUACCGGUACAGGGAUAUUGCUGAGAGACCAGAGGUUUUGUGAUUGUGCAGAAGCCUAUAAAGCAGGACACAACAUCAGUGGAGUCUACUACAUAUACAUCAGUAACAUGACCGAACCCACCCAGGUGUUUUGUGACAUGGAGACUAGUGGUGGAGGCUGGACAUUGUUCCAGCGCAGGGUCAACGGCAGUGUGGACUUCCAGAGAACAUGGAAGGAAUACAAAAUGGGUUUUGGGGACCCUGCGGGAGAGCACUGGCUUGGGAAUGAGCUGGCGUUUCAGAUGACCAGUCAGACCCAGUAUGCCCUGAGAGUGGAGCUGAGAGACUGGGAGGGGAACACACCCUACUCCCACUAUGACAAGUUCCAACUGGCCAGUGAGAAACAACAAUACAGGCUGUUCUUGUGGGGCUACAGUGGAACAGCAGGAGAGCAGAGCAGCCUGGUAUCGCAUGGCACCAGCUUCAGCACCCGUGACGCCGACAACGACAACUGCCUGUGCAAGUGUGCCCUCAUGCUGACUGGGGGUUGGUGGUUUGAUGCUUGUGGCUUGUCCAACCUCAAUGGCAUUUACUACACCGUGGGCCACAACAUCCGCAAGCUGAACGGCAUAAAGUGGCAUCACUUUCGGGGACCGAGUUAUUCACUUAGUUCGACAGCCAUGAUGAUCCGACCAUCCGACUUCUAAGACCGGACAGUAAUUUGGAGAGGAGAAGGGCUGUGAAUGGGAAAGGGACAGAAAUUUCUUUGCCUCAUUGUCUCCAGGACAAAGACAAACAGGUGUACAUUUAAGUUUUUAAUAACAAACAAUCAAUCAGUCAUUGUGUGACUGGGUGUUAUUUAGUACAAGCGAAAACGUUGGGAGUCACCAGAAGAGACCAGACUGAUAGUCUCCAUCACUUGGCAUCUUUAUGCAGUGUAGAUCUGGCCUCAGCUCUUUUUAAUAUAUACUAUAAUGUGCCAGAUUCGCAGUCCUCUGAUGUCUUGCUUUACCACAUUGUACUAGUGAUGUCAAAAAUACACAUCUACACAGCUCCCUCACACCCUCAGUGUUUAUUCCAGAACAUUCUGAAGUUGUCAUCAUCAAGACAACAUCAAAUGAAUGUAUAGGAAUGUCUCAUAUCCAUGAGCCAAGAGGACUAUUUUAAAUAAACCACAGAGAAAGACACCAAGACAAGUAAAUAACAAAAAGCUAAUAACUUGAAAAGAAAUGGAGGACAUUUUGGCCAGAAUGUGCCAGAAUAUUUUAUGAUUGACAAGAUGUGAUAUGGACAGAUCAUACUGUGAGGUCUGCUUAUGAAAUAUUUCAACGUUCCUACUUUUUUUUGCAAAAUUGUAUUUGCGUGCUGUAAAUGUGAGCUAAACGUUGACUUAAUUGUUUUGCAUAACUGGAUUGUAUGUUUAAAGUUUGGGUUCAUUGCUCUGCCAUUUCGUGUGAAUCUGUUAAUAUUUCUCUAAGCUUGUUUUUUCUAUUAUCUCUACAGUAACACAUGAGUUAAGCGUGCAUAAAAGGAACGUAAUUCCCUUUUUAUGUACUUUUCUCUAUAUGCGCAUUCUGACCUUGAAUUUAAGCAUGAGUAUAGAAUGCUAAUCACCCACUAUAAGUUUGGGGUGGAGAUGAAAUAAAUGAAGUUGUGGCGGAGGUGUGUCUACAGAUACGCUGUAUUCUGACCUUGACUUAAUUCCCUAAUAAUUCAACCACAUUUAUGCGUGAGGAAACCAUUAAUAAAGUUUAGCGAACCAGUUCCAAGUGGAAAAAGCAUCUUCUAUAUUUUUUCAGAUAGAAAUAACACCAUUCUCCAUGCACUGUAAAUUACAACUUGAGCUAUUGAUACGAGCUAAAAGACAUGUAGUCUAAUUAAAUCGUUAUGGAGCAGCGAGCAGACCAAGCCAUAACAGUUUGAACCUGAGGCAUGGCCGUCAUCACACAGUUCCAUGAUUAGUGCAGGCAAUAGACAAGGGUAUAACCUACUAUAGUACACUAUUCUCCCUAUUAUAAUUCUAUAAUAUACACUCAUCUUCCAACAUUACCAUGGGUUGAAAAACUGAAUGUGGCAAUUUUAAGAAUGAUUCAAACCACCGUGUUCUUUAUUUUGUGCGUAAAGGCUCUCCAAACCUGUUUUUUUAUGAUUCAUAAAUACUUUCCUAAAACUAAAUAAUCUACAAAAUCAUAAUAUUUUUAAAUAUACCAAAUGGUCUGGAAACCGAGACGGAUACUGUUAAACUUCAAUUAAACGCUCAGUCUCAAAUAGCUGCCUGUCCCUUUUAAUAGCCGGGCAAUGUCACAUAUUUCAUCAAAUUAACGGCUGUUUCAAAUAGGGUAUUUAGGAAUUGUUUAUGAGGUUAACAUGACUAUUUUAAGGUCUCUCCAGAGAUGUUCGAUCAGGUUCAAGUCCGGGUUCUGGCUGGACCACUCGAGGACAUUCAGAGACUUGUCCCGAAGCCAAUCCUGCAUUGUCUUGGCUAUGUGUUUAGGGUCAUUGUCCUGUUGGAAGAUGAACCUUCACCCCAGUCUGAGGUCCUGAGCGCUCUGGAGCAGGUUUAUUAGUCUCCCAGUCCCUGCCGCUGAAAAACAUCCCAACAGCAUGAUGCUGCCACCACCAUGCUUCACCGUAGGGAUGGUGCUAGGUUUCCUUCAGACGUGACGCUUGGCAUUCAGGCCAAAGAGUUCAAUCUUGGUUUAAUCAGACCAUAGAAUUUUGUUUCUCAUGUUCUGAGAGUCUUCAGUUGCCUUUGGCAAACUACAAGUCGGCUGUCAUGUGCCUUUUACUGAGGAGUGGCUUCCGUCUGCCCACUUUACCAUAAAGGCCUGAUUGGUAGAGUGCUGCAGAGAUCAUUGUCCUUCUGGAAGGUUCUCACAUCUCCACAGAGGAACUCCGGAGCUCUGUCAGAGUGACCA